GCUGCUGUUAUAAAACUUUCUAAACCAAUAGAAAACAUUUUGAUCAUUAGUCUCGACGAUACAUUCCAUAGAGAAAUCGCAAAAAGAGGUUUUUAUCCACUUCGAGUCAACGUGGAUGAUAUAAUUAUCCCUAAGCUACAAAAUAGAACGAAAUUAUCUAUUUGGACAACACGGUUGGUGCUUUGGAGAUUAAUGCAUCAUAUAGGAUUUGAAAAAGUUAUAAAUUUCGAUGCUGAUGCAAUUCCACUCCAAGACCCUUUACAAUACUUCGAUAGAUACCCAAGGAGUGAGAUUAUUGCCAUGGCUGCGACGUUUCCAGAAAGCAUCAGUCAGACAGUUGGGUUUUCAUUGAAUAUGGGGACCUGUCAGCUCCGUGAUUCACACUUCAUGCGUGUGUUUUGGGAUGAGGUCGCACGACAGAGUGACAAUUCCACCAAGAAACCAGAUGACCAAUAUAUCAUUAACUACACCCUAUUUAUCAAAGGCCUAGAGUGGAAUAUAGUAAGCUCUCGUAGAAGCUUUCCGGGACAUAACGAAAGUGCAGUUAUGCAUCGUGAUGUUACCGGACAGACGGGAGAUGGAUUAAAUACUGUUGCCCUGUCAGCGGAGAAAUUCUGUAGAGCAACAUGUAUGCGUAAUAUAACCAAUAACCUGAUAGUUUCACAUCCACAACCAUCUAAACUCUUCUUCAACUAUACAUCACCAAACUGGAAUUCAUCAUCAACAUCAAAAGGACUGGAAUGGUUGAAAAAUAAUUUUGCAGUUCAAGCUGAUGUGUAAACGGAACAUCAAAUACUAAAAUCAAUUUUAGAUCCUUGCAUAUUUUUAAGUGAAAGUUUGAUUUUCUAUUGAGGAAUAUUUAUCAUUGCAAAAUUCUGGGUUCAUCACAUUUCAUCCUGAAAUCUGUAUGAUAUCAAAUCCCAGCGUCCGUUUUAAACCCCUGAAAAUGUAUCCCAUUUCAGGAGCAAUUGUAAAACUGAUUCCUGCAUAUCUAACAAAUUCCAUUUAUUUUCGAAAGCGAUAUACCAAAAUUAAAAAAUAUGGCGUUUUGGCCCACCCUGUAUACAUUGACAUAUACUAUACGUACUUUAUAUAUUGGCAUUAUCCUAUGAGUAACACUAUGAGUAAAUACUUAAUAAGAGAAAUCAUAACAGACAAUCACAAGUGCCAGUUAAUUCUUGGGG